GGGUGCAUGGCGCUCACAACACGCCAUUAUUGCUCAAUGUUGAUGUUAGUUGUCAGCUGACCGACCUGCUGCUCGUCACCUGUUGGAGUCACGGAUGCUUUGAUAGAAUGAGACGCGCCGACACGAAGAACGAACCUGCAGUUUACCGACGGGUCGUGUUGAAGAACGCCUCGCCGUACCACUACAUGAAGGUCUGCCUCGUUCUGGAGGAUGAGUCUACCAGACUGAGUGCAGUUGACCUGAAGCAGUUCAUCAUCACCGGUCUGAACAGCCUGUACGGAGAGGUGGGGGCAGCGCUGACCUUUGACCUGUUGAAGUACGAUGAAGACUCCCUCACUGCUCUUCUGCGUGUUUACAGCCGGGGUUUGGUGAAGCUGUGGAGCUCCCUGACUCUGCUGGGCUCCUACCAGAACCAGACCUGUGCCUUCAGGGUGCUGCAGGUGUCUCCGUUCCUGCUCGCGCUGACAGGAAACAGUCGAGAGCUGCAGCUGGACUGAAGGAGGAGGAGGAGACUCGUUCUUCAGGA